AAAAAUGUUCAAACAAUUAUUUGAUAUCUCAGAAAAAAAGGGAACUCAAAAUGAAUUAAUUACAUUAUCUAAAAAUUAUGGAAAUACCCAAUCAAUUCUUCCUUCUGGUGUUGAACGUUCAAUUAAUGGAUUUAUUGGAGAAAAUAAAAAUAAUAAUGAUUUGUCUGUUCAAGAAUAUUUGGCUAAUAUAUCGAGUAAAACAAUGCCCCCAAAUACUUUUGAUAUGAGACAACUUUUGGAGCAAUUACCGGAAAAUAAUUUAAAUUUUGAGAAUUUGGAACAUUUUUGGAAUAAUUCUUUGAAUAUUAGUAAUUCAAUAAAUUUGGCUAAUGACUGGACUAGACAAUUUAAUGAAGGAAAUGAAUUAAAUAAUAAAUGGAUGGAAGAAUUUAUUUUGGAACAAAAAAAUUCAAAAAUGGAAAAUGAAUGGGGGAAAAUAAAUGAAGGAUCUGUUUGGGCUAAAGAUUUUUUAGAAAAUUAUGAUUUAAAUGGAAAACAAUUAAAUAAUUGGGAAAAUGAAUUUUUGAAUGAUUUUGUGGGAGAAAAAGAAAAAAUUGAAUUUUUUGAUUAUGAAAGUGCUUGGGAAAAUUAUAAUUCAAAAGAAAGAUUUGAAUUUAAUAAAAAUAAUCCAUUUAUUAACGAAGAAAAUUUAAUUGAAAAAGCAAAAGAAAAUCUUUUUAAUGGAAGAAUUGCUAAUUCUAUUUUAUUUUAUGAAGCGGCAAUUCAAAAAGAUCCAGAAAAUGUUGAAAUUUGGUAUUCGUUGGGAAUUGCUUUGGCAGAAAAUGAACAAGCAAUUUGUGCAUUAAGAAAUGCUUUAAAAUUAAAUCCAAAAUAUUUAAAAGCAAUUUUGGCUUUGUCUGUUUCUUUGGCUAAUGAAGGGUUUGAAUGUUUGGCUUUACAUGAAUUGGAUAAAUUUAUUUGUAUUUAUAAAAAUUGUUCUGAAGAAGAAAUGCCUAAGGAAGAAGGAAAUACUUCUUUUGGAUUUCAAUACAAAAAAUUGGACAAAAAUGAAUUUUUAAAAGUUGAAGCUAAAUUUCUUGAAGUAAUUAAAUUUGUUCAACCAGAAUGUGAAUUAGUUGAAUUACAAAAUGCUAUGAGUAUACUCUAUAAUUUAAGUAAUGAUUACAAUAAAGCAAUUGAAUGUCUAAAUUCUGCUUUAAACUUUAAACCAGAAGACCCAAUUCUUUGGAACCGUUUGGGUGCAACUUUAGCUAAUGCUGAUCGUUCAGCAGAAGCUAUAAAUGCAUAUAAAAGAGCUCUACAAAUUUCUCCCUCGUAUGUUCGUGUUCGAUAUAAUCUUGGAGUUUCUUGUAUGAAUUUGCAAAGUUUUCGAGAAGCGGCUAUUCAUUUUUUGGCAGCUCUUAAAAUUCAACAUUCACCAGAACAAUCACUUAUAUGGUCUAGACUUCGUUCUGCCAUAAUUCGUAUGGAAAAUAUCCAAUUGGAUAAUGAAAUUUUUGAAGCAAUUAAUUGCCGUGAUUUGGACAGAAUUACUAAAAUAUUUGGGGUUUGA